AACUCAGAAUCUGCUGCUGGAAUAAAAAAUUUGGCACUACUUUAAUUUAUACUGGCACCGUUCUAACGACUUGGCCGCACUUUCUCUACUGUCAAAAGCAUCUGUUCGCAUUUCGUAAAUUGGCGCUUAUAACGAAUUUCUGAUUGACGGCAUAAAAUAUUGCUAUUUGAGUGAACAAGUUUUCGGUUUCGUCGUUAUAAUAGGUUUUUCUCUCCCAUAAUGAAACAAAGUUUAUAAUAAACUAAUCAAAAAGCGUAAAAAAUCACAUUCAAAAUAGUGCCGGUAACUCAAACUAACCUCAAUGUGCCGAGGCAUCGAAAUUUAAAGAUCGCUAACAAUUUAAAAUAUAAACCGCAUUUAUCCGCAUUAUUUAAAAAUGUCCACAAUCGUUGAGUGCAAAAAAUUAUGCUUGCGACGUUGCAUGCUUGCUUUAGUGUACAGCAUAGGUGUGCAAUAUUUGCUACUUGGUUUCUUCUUGUUCUUCAUAAAUUUCCAAGUGCUGCAUCCUUUACGUUGGAUUAGCGAUACAAUCAGUUUGCUAUUUUCCUUCUAUACUUGGUUCAGUAUUAUACCAUUAAUUGGAGCAGUUGUCUUGUACAGCAUAUUGCUGGGGAAAUCUUUUCUUGCUGUUAAACGUUACUAUCCAACACGCUUUCAGUGGUUAAUAUAUACAGCACCGCGGAAGGUGUUAUUCUUUAUAUUGCAUUUACUAGUGGGCUAUUUGACCACAUGGUUGUAUGCUAAUUAUUGGCAUGUAGAUUACCGCAAUAUGAUAUGUGAUUGUUUUGGUACAAAGUGCAUCAAUAGUCGUUAUUUAUUCCUCACUUGCGUGGGACUAUUUGCAGCUUGUCUACAUUUCACAAAGGAAAACCUACGUACAGAUCCCGAAUUAGAAUUUCCAAUUAUACAAGAACUGAUGUUAGUUCGUAUACGCUCCUUGCUCUACAGAACGCUCUAUAAUUCAAUUUUACGUUCAUUUACGCCAACAAUUUGCUUUGGACUUGUCUAUUGGCUGCUUGGCGGCAUACUAAAUCGUUAUUUUGCAGGCAUAUUAGCGAUAGAUGUUGAUGAGAGUACGCUAACGUUCUUUUCGAUUGCCGCAAAUGUUCGCCUCAUAUUUUAUGCUUGGAUUUUGGCAGCACAAAUUUUAAGUAAUAUGCAUCUAAUGCAACAUUUCUUCGCUAUACACUUAUCGGAGGAAGUCACAUUCGUUAUUGAACGGAAACCUGUUUUGUGUGGAGUGGGCGUUGAGGAAAUUACUCUUGUAGAUGCGCUUAGCUCUUCCUUAGUGCCAGUCGUACAAAAUUUAGCAGCACAUGAUUUAUAUAACUUAUCAAACAAUAAAGGAGAUCCAAGGCGCAAGGAGAUCUUCGCACUAUCAGUGCCAGGCGCACAUCCUUACAAUUGGAAUCAACUAUCUGCUCAAUGUCUAAGUCUUAUUAAUGCCUUUACCGAAGAAUUGACAACAGCAUUAAAAAAAAUAUCAACUGUAAAAUCCACUCCUCUAUUUGCCAGUAUCAAGCCUACAACUGCCACUGAAGCUGCGGAAAAAAUAUUACUACGUCAGUACAAUGAAACUUAUGGCAUAAGACGCAUGAUGACUGAACCCAGUAUUGAAAAUACAACUUCCACUAAACAAAUGUCACCUGCAUGCAAGCGUGUACAUGAACAGGUGGAAAAGUUAAAGAAACAAUUUGAUCAGGCUUUGCGUACUACUUUCCGUACCAUACCCGGUUUGUAUUAUAUGUUUGGUGAACCUGAAGGUGCUAAAACUGCCUACUUGCUCUCCAACUCGGAUACGAUUUUAUGGGUGGUGCAAGGUUUGGCGGGCAUUUGUGCAGCCUCACUGACGGAGGAUAAAUAUGGUGUAGUGCAAGUUACACUACCGCAGGUAAUCAAAUCACUGUUAACAUUAAAAACAGAAUUGGAUAAAUUGAACAAUGUUAAUUUGAAUGGCAAAAAAAUGGAUCGGAAUUUCAUAACGCUUAAAAAUGGCAUUAAACGUAGCUUGUACAAUAUCUGUACAGUGUUUCGGGACUAUUUGCGUGAAUUGGUUGAGAGUACGGAAGAUUUGCGUAAACUGCAAUGCUAUGUGCAUUAUGUAGAGACGUAAGAUUCAAUUUAUAACAUUAUUAAAUUUAUUAAUUUAUUCAUCUUUCGGACUGUUCGUAAAUUAAGUUAAGUUAGACAUUUAGAGUUUAAUUCAUGAAUAUAUGAGCGUGUGUUUUUGAAGAAACUAUACAAUUAUUUCACUCAAAUCAAAUAAUUUCUAAGCCGUUGAAUAUAUAAAUUGAAAU